CACAAAUUCAGAAGCCUUUAUAAAUACGGUUGUCUCUCUAUUUCUGCUUUCUAUUUAAUUAUUAUUUUAUCAUAACAGUUCCAUUCCAUGACCACAACCCAUCACCAUAAUUAUUCAACUCUUCCCUAACAAACUUUUUGGCUCGUUAGAUCAUAUUUGCAAUAAAAGAUUCUUAUUCUUAAUUGUGAAUGGUGCUUAACAAGCUGACAGUGCGAGAAGAAGACGACUCCAAGAAGAACAACACCACCACCACCAAGUUGGGAAUGCAACUGGGAAAUUAUGAACUGGGAAGGACUUUGGGUGAAGGUAAUUUUGGAAAAGUUAAAUUGGCUAAGAAAUUAGAUUCUGGUCAAGCUUUUGCUGUCAAAAUUCUUGAGAAGAACAGGAUCAUCGACCUCAAAAUCACUGAUCAGAUAAAGAGAGAGAUUGCCACCUUGAAGCUUCUCAAACAUCCAAACGUUAUCAGAUUGCAUGAGGUCUUGGCUAGCAAGAGCAAAAUUUAUAUGGUCUUAGAAUACGUUACUGGUGGAGAGUUGUUUGACAGAAUUGCAUCCAAGAGAAGACUUCCUGAAGCUGAAGGAAGGAAGCUUUUCCAGCAGCUAAUUGAUGGCAUCAGUUACUGUCACAACAAAGGUGUCUUUCACAGGGAUCUCAAGUUAGAGAACAUUCUAGUUGAUUCAAACAGAAAUAUAAAGAUCUCUGAUUUUGGUCUCAGUGCUCUUCCUCAGCAUUUUAGGGAUGAUGGGUUACUGCAUACAACCUGUGGAAGUCCAAACUAUGUAGCACCUGAGGUUCUUGCCAAUAGAGGUUAUGAUGGUGCUACUUCAGAUAUAUGGUCAUGUGGCAUUAUCUUGUAUGUAAUUCUCACUGGAUACCUCCCUUUCGAUGACAGAAACCUUGCUGUUCUAUAUCAGAAGAAAUUUCAGAUCUUCAAGGGAGAUACCAAGAUACCAGAAUGGUUAUCACCUGGAGCUCAAAACAUGUUAAGGAGGAUUCUUGAACCAAAUCCUAUUAAGCGAAUAACAAUGUCAGAUAUCAAAGCCGAUGAAUGGUUCAAACAGGAUUAUACUCCUGAAGACCUGAACGACAAGGAUGAAGAUAUAUUCGUUGACGAUGAAGCCUUCUCAAUGCAAGAAGUGCCAUUGGAUGCUGACAAGAAUCCAGGCUUGCCCACCCUCAUCAAUGCUUUCCAGUUGAUUGGAAUGUCCUCAUACCUAGAUCUCUCUGGUUUCUUUGAGAAAGAGGAUGUAUCUGAGAGAAAGAUAAGAUUUACAUCCAAUCGAUCUGCCAAAGAUUUGAUUGAGAGGAUUGAGGAUAUUGUGACAGAGAUGGGAUUUCGGGUACAGAAGAAAAAUGUCAAGUUGGAAUGUUUAUGUAUUCAGUUGAAGGCCACAUUGGAGCACAGGGCACAGAAAAGCUCAGGUAGUCUUUCAGUUGCAGCAGAGGUAUUUGAGAUCAGUCCAUCCUUGUAUGUAGUUGAAUUAAGAAAAUCAUAUGGAGACACACUGACAUACAGACAGUUAUGCAAAAAGCUAUCAAGUGAUUUAAAAGAACCUCCAAGCCAAGAGUUGCUGACCACAUAACUGGGACAUGUGGAUCUUAUUCGAACUUAAAGCAACAUCUAGGGAUCUAAGCCUCCAACAAGCCAAGAAUCGGUGACCAGCUGAGGACCGGUGCUAUAUUUACAUCAAGAAAUCUAAGCCUCAAGAAGAAUCUUUCAAAUAUCCGAAGUGCAUAUAGGUACAUUUUCAUGUAAAUAAAUCAUGAGUGUCAUUUAUGUUUAAGGCAGUAACCUUUCUGUUUCAGGUAUAUAAUUCAAAAUGAAAUCUCAUAUGAACCCCAUUACCGCAGAUGGGAAUGGCACAAGUGAAAUAAUAUUGAUAUAAAGUAUAACCUUUUUACGGCACACAAGCCACCAUA